GGAGGAGUCAGGUAGGAGCUCGACUGACACGUAAGAAACUGCGUAAAUUAUAAGGAAGGAGCAGAUAACUUUCCUCAACUCUAGUGUGGAAAUGAUUGCUUCAUUUCAGACUUGAUGUAGAGUCGCGCGGUGGCGGACUGUAGCCUAUUUUGGGACGCUGAGGAGCGACGCACCGGGACCGAUUGGGACAGAAGGCAAGCCCGGGGACAACAUGAGAUUUUCAGCGCUUAUAACUGUCCUGCGGUCGCUCGGCCCGGUGGUCAUCGGCAUUUCUUUGGGUUUCACGUUAAGUUUGUUGAGCGUGAGUUGGACGGAUGAGACGUGCUACCUGGGUGAUACCGACAUAGAGGAUGGCAGUGUCGGGCAGGAGGCGCUGCUUAGUGGGGCAAGGAAACCUAACUCCGUAGCGGGUAGCAGCAACGAUGUGGAGUCAGAGGAGGACUUUGAACCAAAGAUCAUCCCGUAUAAGCAAGUCCAACCGCAGAGUCCACCAAAGAAACUUGUCAGGGCCAAAUACGUGAGCACUGAGUUGGGAAUUCGUGAGCGCUUAUUUGUUGGGGUCCUCACAUCUAAAAACACCCUCAACACUUUGGCUGUGGCCGUCAACCGCACCAUCAGCCAUCACCUGGACAUAGUCAUCUUCUUCACCGGGACACGGAAUCGCAAAGUACCUCAUGGAAUGUUUGUUGUAUCCCAUGGCGACGAGCGGCAAAUCUGGAACAUGUACCAAACUGUAAAAUACAUCCUAGAACAUUACGUCACAGAAUAUGAUUGGUUUUAUUUGGUGCAAGAUGAUGCGUACGUCGAAGCGGAUCGUGUCAAAGAACUGGUGGAGCAUCUUAGUAUGGACAAGCAGCUGUACAUGGGGCGUCCAGCGGAGUUCAUAGGUGGAGAGAUGGAGGGGAAGUACUGCUAUGGGGGUUAUGGGUUCCUCCUAUCGAGGACGUUACUGCUAAAACUACAGCCAUUUUUGGAGAACUGUAGGAAUGACAUUCUGAGUGCCAGACCUGAUGAGUGGCUGGGGAGAUGUAUUAUCGAUUACACCAGCAUCAACUGUGUCAGCCAACAUGAGGGACUUCACUACUACCAUUUUGAGCUUGAGAAGAAUUCAGACCCCAGCAAGGAGGCGAGUGAGGAGUUCAAGAGGGCACUGACUGUCCAUCCAGUGUCCGACCCAGAGCAGAUGUAUCGUCUUCACCGCUUCUUCACCCAGCUGGAGCUACAGAAGACUUACGAGGAGAUCGCUAAGCUGCAGGCAGAGAUCAAAAACGUGAGCGCGGAGGCCUUCGAGGGUAACCGUAGCGCCCAGUGGCCUGUAGGGGUCACUGCACCAUUCGAGCCCAAAACGCGUUUCGAGGUCUUAAGCUGGGAGUACUUCACCGAGGAAGAGAUCUACUCGUGUGUGGAUGGCUCUCCCAAAUGUGAGCUGAAAGGCAUCGAUCACAUGGAUGUUUUGAACGUAAUUGAAGUCGCAUUGGCCGAACUAAAUAAGAAAUACAUGCCUCUAAUUCAUAUGAAGAAACAAGCUUUGAUUAAUGGGUACAGAAGAUUUGACCCAAUUCGCGGUAUGGAGUAUAUGUUAGACUUGCAGCUAGAAGUGGAAAGCCAAAAAGGUCAUAGCCAGUCAAUCACCAAGCGGGUUCACCUAGUUCGACCACUGAGCAAAAUCGAAAUCAUUCCUAUGCCUUAUGUUACCGAGGCGACGAGGGUGCAUAUCAUUAUACCGCUCACAAUGCAACUCAAAAAUUACGUUACACAUUUUCUCGAGGUUUUUGCCACCAAUGCCUUCGAAACCAGCGAGAAUGCAGUGUUGACGUUCUUGUUUAUUUACGAUCCUGUGGAGGCACAACAGGUAAACCAAAAUGACAUCUUUGCAAGUGUGAAAACUCAGAUAACAACGCUGGAACGGAAAUACCCCACUAUAAAGAUCCCGUGGAUAAGUGUCAAGACGGAAACGCCAUCGCAAAUCAAGUUCAUGGACAUCAUUUCAAAAAAGCACCCAGUUGAUACCCUUUUCUUUUUAGCUAGCAUCAACUCAAAUAUCAAUUCUGAAUUUCUCAACCGAUGUCGCAUGAAUUCAAUAAACAACUGGCAAGUGUUUUUUCCGAUACAUUUCCAAGAUUACAACCCAGAGGUGGCCUAUCAUAACCAGCCUUACCCAACCACGAUCGAUUUGGUCAAAGAGGCUGGACAUUUUGACCGCAUGUCUUUCGAUGAAGCCUGCUUUUAUAAUUCCGAUUACAUGGCGACGCGAACUCAAAUGGUAGCGGACGUCCAGGAGAAUGAGGAAAUUUUGGAGAUGCUGGAUAUUUACGAGAUGUUUGUGAAGUAUUCCAGUUUGCACGUUUUUAGGGCCACCGAGCCAGCACUACAUCAGCAGUACCGCUACGAAAAUUGCAACCCGCGGCUCAGUGAGGAGAUCUACCACAGAUGUGUGCAAAGUAACUUGGAGGGUUUGGGUUCACGCUCCCAGCUUGCUAUGCUGCUAUUUGAGCAAGAGCAAGGCAAUAGCACAUGAGGAUGGCUCGUAAAAACUGCAUCUCUUGCCUCUCUAAAAUGGGUGUCAAUGCCUUUUAUGGCCUCCUGUUGCAAUUCAAUAACUUGAUAUGGAUGUGUGAGACCACUGGAAAUAACGUCUUUGUCUCAGAAUGAACUUUGAACUGGAAGUGGUUCACGCACUCACUAUUCUAAAUUGCAGCAAAGACUGAUGGGAGGCUGUAAGAGACAGAUCGAAAUGCAGUAUCUUGACUUAAUGAAAUGUUUACAGUGUUUGGUAAUAAUAGUUUGAUCCCAAAAGAUGUGUGAGCGAUCCUGUGACCACUCCAUGUCCGAGCAGUAUAUAGUUCUAUAGUUCAUUCAGAUUCUAUGGAAACAACAGUGGGACAAAAAGGACGCUUUCCAGUUCUUAUCUCGCAAGCUGGUUUCAAACAGCUCUUCACAGUAGCAGUAGCAUACCGAGAGCUCAACAAGCUUGUCUGCUGUAAACCAAAUGGACAAAACACUAUGAGGUUAUUUUAAGUGAAAAUUCUUGUAGUAUGCUUUAAUGAUGAGCAUUACAAAAGCAAAGGAAUGGCAUAUAUUUCUUGAUACAUUGCACAAGUUUGCCUUCAGGGCAUCUGGCUUGUUACAAUCAUUUAUGAGCUUAGCUAUUUACAAGUGCCUUUAUGCAGAUGUUGAGAUCAGUUUAUGUUUGAAAUCAGUCCAACUUUUCGGUGACAUGCAGCUUUAGACAUUUAUUUAUUAAAUCACAGCCAAGAACAAAAUGAAAGCAAAUAAUAAUGCUCAUGCUAUGUGGUUAAGCACUGUUACAUGUCGUGGGAGAACAAAAUGGGAUUUGUGACAACCUUAUAUUUUUGUUAAGGUGAAUUCACGUGAUCCUUAAUUUCAACAUGCAAUUUACUCAAGUGCCUUUCUAGAGCACAGAGGCAAGCAUUGCAUGGGGCUGUAUGGGAGUCACACUCUCAGAUGGGGGCCAGAGCCAGUAUUUUUGUAGGAAUUAUUUACUAUUUAAAUUUAGGAAAAGUGAAAAUAGGAAAGAGAUAGGAAAGUGAAACUUGAUCAUUGUAUCAGUGAGAGGGUUGGAGAUCCUGCUUUAUUAACAAACCUAUAGCAGCAUUAGUCACCUGGCCUGGCCCCAUCUGAAUGAACCCCACAGGCCUGUAGAAUGUGGUGAUGCCUGAGCAGCUCCUCUGUCUGAGGUGUAUGAGGCCUCAGUCUUUACCUGCUCCAGGUGUGUCAAAUAUUCAGGAGUGAACUCAUGAAGCAAAGGUACUGUAAAAGAGUUACUUAUGAGAUCAGUUUUGAAUGUACAAACUGUUUUUCACAUGAGCAGGUGUGGAUAUUUUGUACCUUUUGUGCGUUCAGAGGUUUAGUUCCAAAGUGUUGUGGAUUGUAUUGAAGACUUUGUAAGUCAAUGGUGUUAUUGUCCUGCGAGGGCUGCUUCAGCGGUGGAGGCGCUUUAGUUGCAGUGAAAUUGGAGCCUUUUUACUGAGUUUUACUGAGUGUCAUUGAAGGCUUGUCAACCAUAAUGUGCAAUAUUACCACGACUGGACGUCCCGACCAGGACAGGACCCAAAUCUUUGUGACGUUUGCUGCAAUGAACAGCGCGUGUAUGAGACGCACUGUUCGUUUUAAUUUAAGAUUUCAGUUUGAGUGAAUACACUGUAAUGUUGUGGCGGGACCUAUUUAAUGUAUUUUUCUGACACAAGACACUUUUCACCAAUGUUAUUUACUCUAUUUAAGUUGAAUUGGAUCAAAGUGUAUGUUGGAAAUGUGACAUUAACUGUGGUGGUCGUGGGCUGUACUUUGCUGUGCAGAGGUCAAAACAUUGAGUGUCUGACUUUUUAAAUAGGACUUUCUGGUAACACUUAAUUUUAUAGUCCACACAUUAACGAGCUGUUAUCAUUGUAGUUUGUGGUUAAUUAGUUUUUAUUGAAUUUACAGUAAAGCACCCAUUCUCUGUAACCACCAGUCUACCUUUAAAUUGCACUUUCCCCACUAAUCUCUUAACGUCUAUACUGUACUUCAUCCUAUAUAUAUGCCCGAUAAACUUUUUUUUUUUUUCAGGCUGAAACUUUAUUAUGGGGUUGCUUUGUUGUGAGCUGAAAUCCAAAGGAAGUAAGGUAGAUUUUUCUCUCUUAUUUGUUUUAUACAUUUUAGAAUAUUUUUGAAUUAGCUACUUGUUACUUUGUGGACUGUAAACCAAAUUGUUACCAGGUUUUUAACGCAUCUCUUCUUGGAGAUCAGCUGAGUGAGUGCUCUGUUUGUCAUUGUAGUAUGAAUGUUUUUAUGCAUUUUACUUGUUACACAAAUCUCCGAACCACUGUGAACAAGAUGGCGGCAAUUAAAUGAAGUUAUUUUGGUGAUUUUUCUUUGUUUAAAAUUGCCUAAUACUGUUACAACCGCCAUCACUGAACCAAUGUUACCAAACUUAUCUGUCACUUCUUAAUGAAUUGUGCAGAUCUUGAGUCACUCUGCACUAAUCUUAUAUUUUAUAGACAUUGUUUAUUUAGUUUUUGGAGUCGUUUGAACAAAUGUGUAUUCUGUUAUGUCUUUGUGCAUUUGUCCUUUUGACCUUGAAAAUCCAAAUGUAUUUAAUUUUCACAUUAUAGAAAUACUGUUGACAAGUUAAUUCAUAGAUCUACAUGUAUAUUUGUACAUGGGAUGUUAUUUUAAUGUUACUCGGUUUACAUUGUUGGAUGGGUACUUCUAUAACCAAAGCAAUAUUUGAAAUUACUGUUUGUCACGUUGAAUACAUGCUGUACUUCCCAAUGAACUGUGAAUUAUAAUUUUUUAAUAAAUUGUUUUUAUAAA